CCUUUCGAAUUGACAUCAUCGUCUCCCCACCAGCACUUUGGAACCCGUCGGCCAUUUCCGACAUCGCGAACCCAUUCAACCACAAUUCCGCGACUUAACGGAAGCUACAACAUUGCAGAGUGCGACGCUUUAAGCAGCGAAACAAGGAUCCCAUCCCCGAUCGAUUGAAACUGCGACACCAUGCCCCAAGACAACAGCGGCGACUGGGUGUCGCAGGCGCAGAUUGAGCCCCAUCAGCUCGAGGGUGGUCAUGCGGUGCCCUAUUGGGACAAGAGCUGGUGGGAAGAGUACCGCCGAGCUAGGAGUAUCAGAGAAAGAAACGAAAUCAUCACCAAGCUCGUCGACCAGAUGCCCGUCAAGUGGGACACGCUGCCGCAGCUGCCCUUCUGGGCCCCUCUGUUCAACGUCACCCAAGACCAGUACAAGGUGGACGUGGGCCAGAGACUCAUGGCUUCGUCCUUCCUAUUGGGUCACCAGCCGCUGGACCGGGAGGAUAUCGAUCUUGUCGCCUACGGCGCCGCCAAGCGAUCUGUCACCAAUGCGUACGCCCGACCCGCCAUAGCCCUCGGCGCAGGCGUCUGCUGGGCUGUUGGAUACAACAAGUACAACUUCCCUUUCUGGAAGCCAAAACCGACAUCCUUCAACCCCGAAAUCUUCCCGAGCCAGAAAUUCACCCUCGCUACCGGACAUCGGGCUACUUUGGCCUGGCAAGGCGUCCGCAUCGCCGCCUGGUAUGUUACCUGGAGAAUUUUCGGCGGCUGGAUCGCGGAUGCAUAUGCCGAGACCGUCUUCUCGGCGACAUUGAUGCGGAACAAGGCAUUCAAGCAGAAGCUGCUCGAGGCGGGACAAGCGAUGAAGGCGAAUAGCAUUACUCAUGAGAGGCCUGAACUGAGGGGCGCUUAUUCACUUGAGCACGAGCCGGAUCAUGACCACCAGGAGGAUCAACAGCAACUACCACAGCACGCGCAAACACCAUACUACCAGCGGAUCCAGCAGCACCAACAAGAACAGAAACAACAACACCAGAUGCAGCAGCAGCAGCAAACACAACAAUCCACUUAUAGCCAUGACGAUGAUGAUUACCUCUUCGAUGAUGCCUCCCCCGUAGCACCAGCCGCCAGAGGAACGGGUGCCGUUAGCUCGCCCGUCGCCCAACCUUCCGGUUCCGCAUGGGACAGACUCCGACAGCAAGCAAUGGGGGGCCCCGCGCAAGCACCUGGGAGCACGACCGCACCCACAGCUGCCAUCUACGUCAAGCCUUCCCAGUCCCGUUCGUGGGCUGAGCGCCGUGCGGCUGCCGUAGGCGGCGGUGAGGACGGACUGUCGCAUUCGUACUCAGAGACCGAUCAGGAGAGGGCUCUGGCUAAGGAGCAGGCGCAAAGGGAGUUUGAUGCCAUGUUGGAGAGAGAGAGGCGUGGCGAUGGCAGCAGUCGUAGACGUGGGCUUUGAGUGAACUUGGGUAGGAUUUGGCGAACAUCCAAGAGCGGCUGGCUAUAUGUGUACAUAUGAUAUCCUGCUUGGUAGAUGUGGAUGGUCUUUACCUUCCCACCUGUUCCAAGCCUGCUUGUUUACCGGAGCUGAUGGAGGAGUUUUAGGGGGAUUUUGAUGGCUUUUGCAUCGCCGGGAGUCUGGCUUGACAUAUGGUCUGUCUUUGUGAGUCUCAACACGAAAUCUACACUGCACCCGUUUUCCCUUAUGGAUUCGACUUCUGGAGACUGGAACAGAAAACAAAAAAACCCUUUCUUUUCUUUUUUCUUUUUCUUUUUUCCCCUUCUAAGCCUCUGACUCGAUAUCCGGCGGAAAUGUCCCAAACAGCGCCAUGAGAUGCUCUAUCUCCUCCUUGCUAA